AUGCACAAAUUUAGACCCAUCAAACCCCAUUCUCUUGCGAGCAAUACCUCUUUACCAUCAUCUUCUUCAUCGUCACCGCCUUCGCGGUUCGGUUUUCCGACACAUAAAUACAUUAACGCAGGCAUACUUCUUUCGGCAUUCGUCUUGUUCUUUAUCUUGAGGGGUUGUAUUGACAGAACUUCAUUAUCAAUCAAGAAUUUAUCAGCUUCUGCAAUAACUGUCAAGGAGCAGAUGGCACCUGAAAGUAAAAUUAAUUUACUAAAUGCAGUGGAGGAUCUAUAUGAUGGAGUAACUGUGGACAUGAAAGAAACUAUGGAUCCCAAAACUUUUAUUCCUUUGCUUCGAGCUUCCAUGUCCAAAUGGAAGCAACAGGGGAAGAAAGGUGUUUGGAUAAAAUUACCAAUUGCACUAGCUAAUCUUGUGGAACCUGUUGUUCAGGAAGGUUUUAAGUAUCAUCAUGCAGAAGCAGACUAUUUAAUGUUGGUAUAUUGGAUACCUCAUCAUAUUCCAAAUACUCUUCCUGAUAAUGCUUCACAUCGAGUUGGAAUCGGAGCAUUCGUAAUCAACAAUAUAAAAGAGGUUCUUGUAGUGAACGAGAAAAACGGGGGAUUUCGAGGUACGGGUGUGUGGAAAUUGCCGACCGGAGUAGUUAAUGAGGGUGAGGAUAUUAGUAAAGCUGCAAUUAGAGAAGUUUUUGAAGAGACAGGAAUUGAGACAGAAUUUGUUGAGGUUUUGACAUUCAGGCAAAGCCACCAGUCAUUCUUCAGCAAAUCCGAUUUAUUUUUUGUUUGUAUGUUACGACCGCGUUCCUUCGAUAUCCAGAAGCAAGAUUCAGAGAUUGAGGCUGCCAAGUGGAUGCCAAUGAAGGAGUAUGUGGAACAACCUUAUAAUAAAAAACAUAAGCUCUUCAAAUAUGUUGCUGAAAUAUGCCAAACUAAGUCAUACGGUGGAUAUAUCGGAUUUUCUGCAACUCCUACUUCUAUAGCUUCUGGUAAAGAGACAUAUCUCUACUCGAGUAACCGGAAUUUGAGCAACCUAUGAUCAAUGGCGGAUUCGAGAUUUUUUCUUCAGCCCGAGUUUAACUUUUUAGUUUAUGAUCUUUAGUUUUUCGGCAGUCCGGCCUUAACCUCCAUCUAUCUUUAAAUUCAAUUCUACAAACCAACUUGUAUUUGAAAAAAAAAAAAAAUUUACAGCCGGGACUAAAACCUAUCCUAAUCUAAGUGUAAUUCCGUCUUUGCUUAUAAUAUAUGUCUCCACAAUAAAAAAAU